GUGACUUGUCCAUACUCUCUAUUGGUACUGUACUAAGAAGGAUUAUUAUAGCUACAAAACCAAAGCCCAUUUUUCUUACUGACCUUUUUUCUUACUGCUUCUUAGGGUUUUGAGGAACCAUUUUAGCUCUCCAAAAACCCUGCGAUUGCUGCCGGCGAUUCUCGUGGUCGCCGCCGCAGUUACUGACGGUGGAGCCACAUACAUUUGGUCAUCGUUUACAGUUGUCGUCUUUCACUGGUCACUCCCCGCUCUGUCUCUCCUCCUCCAUCUUUUGAGAUGGGUAGCAGUUGCUCAGAUGAAGAAUCAGAUAUAAGUGAUUCAGAGAUUAAGGACUACAAAGAAAAGCCGUUAGAAGAAUUGAAGAGUGGAAAGUUCAAAGUAAAGGGCCCAAAUGGCUCCCUUCGUUGCCCUUUCUGUGCUGGAAAGAAGAAGCAGGAUUACAAAUACAAGGACCUUCUACAACAUGCUUCUGGAGUCAGUAAAGGUUCUGCCAACAGAAGUGCAAUACAGAAGGCAAAGCAUCUUGCUUUAGCUGAAUAUUUGGAGACUGAUCUUGUAAACGAGGCUGAGCCACAACCAUUACGUGUAACUCCACCAGCGGUUGCUGAUACAUCUGAGCAGAAUGAGUUAUAUUGUUGGCCUUGGACAGGGGUGGUGGUGAACAUUCUGAACGAGACGAAGAGUGGGAAAGCUGUGGAUAGCAGUGCAUUCUGGUUGAAUAAAUUCUCCAAAUACAAGCCUCUGGAAGUUAAAGUUUUCUGGGAUGAUGAGUGUCAGAUUGCACAAGCUGUGGUAAAGUUUGAUAAUGAUUGGAUUGGUUUCAGAAAUGCAAUGGAGUUUGAGAAGUCCUUUGAAGGUGAUCACCAUAGCAAGAAAGAAUGGAUUGAUCAGAAAACUAACUCUGCUUCAGGUAUUUUUGGCUGGUCUGCACGUGCUGAUGAUUAUUAUUCAGAAGGACCCAUUGGAAAGUAUCUUCGCGAUACUGGAGAACUUAAAACUGUUGCUGACCUUGUCAAGGAGGCCGUGAAUGACAGAAACAAAGUUGUGGCUAAUUUAACCAAUGAGAUUGACCUGAAAAAUGAAAAUUUGAAUAAGUUAAGAACAAAAUACAAUGAGAAGACCUUAUCUUUAAGUAGGAUGCUGGAGGAGAAAGACAUGCUGCAUCGUGCUUUCUGUGAAGAAAGAAGAAAGAUGCAACGGCUUGCUCACGAUCAUGUUAAAAAGAUUCUUGAUGAACAAGAGAAGCUUAACUCGGAGCUGGAUAGCAAGAAGAAAAAACUUGAUUACUGGAGUAAAGAGUUGAACAAGCGUGAAGCCUUAACUGAGCGUGAAAGGCAAAAGCUUGAUGAGGAGAAGAAAAAGAAUGACAUGAGAAACAAUGCACUUCAAAUGGCGUCUGUAGAGCAGAGAAAAGCAGAUGAAAAUGUGUUGAGACUAGUUGAAGAACAAAAGAGAGAAAAGGAGGAAGCUCUAAAGAAGAUUCUGGAUCUGGAAAGGGAUCUAAAUGCAAAGCAGAAGCUGGAAAUGGAAAUUGAAGAACUGAGAGGUAAAUUAGAAGUGAUGAAACAUUUGGGAGAUGAUGCUGCUGUUCAGAAGAAAAUCAAAGAGAUGACUGAGGAACUGAACGAGAAAGUUGAGGAAAUGAAGUCUGUUGAGGAUUUGUAUCAAACUUUAGUCACCAAAGAGCGCCAAAGCAAUGAUGAGCUUCAAGAAGCUCGAAAAGAAUUGAUAUCGGGCUUAAGUGAGAUGCUGACAAGAGGCCGUGCUCAUAUUGGUGUUAAGAGAAUGGGUGAAAUUGAUCCGAAGACUUUUGAAGGUGAAUGCAAGCAGAGAUACCCUGAUGAUUAUGACUACAAGGCCCUAGAAUUGUGCUCCUUAUGGCAAGAAAGAUUAAAGGAUCCUGAUUGGUACCCAUUUAAAAUUGUCAGGGUCGAUAGUGAGAAUCACCAGAAAAUUCUGGAUGAGGAUGAUGAAAAACUCAGGGAAUUAAGGUCAGAAUGGGGAGAGAAUAUCUUCCUUACUGUAACAAUGGCCUUGAAGGACAUAGAUGAGUACAAUUCAAGUGGUAGAUAUGUAGUUUCUGAGUUGUGGAACUUCAAAGAUGAUCGAAAGGCCACAUUGAAGGAGGUGAUUGGUUUCAUCUUCAAGCAAUUGAAGACUCUCAAGCGCAAGAGAUGAUUAGUUGAGGCUAGCGGGAGAAGUUUGCAAAUUGAAUGCUCACAAGCCAGCAUGGAUUGGACAUGGUUUGAAACGAUAAUCCUCUGUAGCACAACGAGUCUCAGCAGGCAUAUGUUUUCCUUGUGCGCUCUUGUGGGAAAGACCGUUCAAACUAAUAAUAAUAAUAUUUGCUGAAACAAGACAAUUCUGUACAUUCGAAUUGGGCCUGGCCAAACUUUUGAAAAUCAAUUCGACCAUGCUUAAAGGUCUCCUUUGCAAUGGUCCGUUCUGGAAA